CGCCGAUCAGCCAUCCAGUGUUUGGGGAUCUUCGCGCAGAUCCUGCUGCUAUCUCUGGAUCUCCGGCACCCCAACAGCUCAGCUAAAGACUUCUGGAGGUCCUGGAACCCACUUUGGAUAUUACACAAAAGCAAGUGACUUGGUGUAUUUAAACCGUGAGGGCAAUAGCUGCCUCUCUGUCGGAUAGAUCCAGUCUGUGGGUAGCUCUGUCAUGGCGUUCUCCUUGAUCAGCCGUCAGGUUGCUGUCUCUCUGCAGAAGAACUUGUGGCUCAGUGCUUCAGGGUGUCGAUAUGUCAGCAAGGCGGCACCAAAAACUCAGCUGGAGUAUGAUUAUGAUGGACCGUCCAUGAAAACUACAGUUCCUGGACCACGAUCACAAGAGCUGACUAAACAACUGGGAGACAUCCAGAAUGUCGGUGCUAUCAACUUCUUCUGUAACUAUGAAGAGAGCAGGGGGAACUACCUGGUGGACGUGGACGGCAACCGCAUGCUGGAUAUCUACACUCAGAUCUCCUCAAUCCCCAUUGGCUACAACCACCCGGCUCUCCUCAAACUGAUGUCCAAUCCCAACAAUCUGAGCACCAUUGUGAACCGGCCAGCUCUGGGGAUCCUGCCACCUGAAAACUUUGCAGAUAAACUGACUGAAAGUCUUCUUACAGUUGCUCCCAGUGGAAUGAGUCGUGUUCAGACGAUGGCCUGCGGCUCUUGUUCCAAUGAGAACGCUUACAAAUCAAUGUUUAUUUGGUACAGGAACAAGGAGCGAGGCCACAACACACCAUCUGAUGAUGAAGUCAGCACUUGCAUGAUCAACCAGGCUCCAGGUUGUCCAGAGCUCAGCAUUUUAUCUUUCAUGGGAGGUUUUCACGGAAGAACCCUGGGUUGUCUGGCAACAACACACUCCAAAGUAAUCCACAAACUGGACGUGCCAUCAUUUGAUUGGCCCAUCGCUCCCUUUCCUCGACUGCAGUACCCACUGGAAGAAUUUACCAGAGAGAACGCACAGGAAGAGGCUCGCUGUCUGGAGGAGGUGGAAGAUCUGAUUGUGAAGUGGAGGCAGAAGGGAAGGCCUGUGGCUGGGAUUGUAAUUGAACCGAUCCAGGCUGAAGGCGGAGAUAACCAUGCCUCGCCAGACUUCUUCAGAAACCUUCGCAACAUUGCACGCAAGCAUGGCUGUGCGUUCCAUGUGGAUGAGGUCCAGACGGGUGGAGGGACCACAGGAAAGAUGUGGGCCCAUGAGCACUGGGGCAUGGAUGACCCUGCGGACAUUGUCUCUUUCAGCAAAAAGCUUCUGACCGGUGGCUACUACCACAAGAAUGAGUUACAGGCCGAUAAGCCAUACCGUAUCUUUAACACGUGGAUGGGUGACCCAUCAAAGAACUUGCUCCUGGUUGAGGUACUCAAUGUGAUUCGCAGAGAGAACCUGCUGGACGAGGUGACCCGCUCUGGAAAAGCCCUGAUGAACGGCCUCUAUGAACUGCAGGCUCAGUACCCCGGCAUAUUGAGCAGAGCUCGAGGACAGGGGACCUUCUGUGCUAUUGAUAUCUGUGAUGAUGACACGCGCAACCGCAUCCUCCUCAAAGCCAGAGACAAAGGUGUCCUCCUGGGAGGGUGUGGUGACAGAUCGAUCCGUUUCCGUCCAGCACUGGUUUUCAAGGAGUACCACGUUCACAUCUUCCUCAACAUCUUCAGUGACGUGUUGGCCCAGAUCAAAUAAAUCCUGACCCUGAAGGAACCUGACCGAUGCUGCAUGAGCCCGAGCUAAUCCAGGAUGGAGGAAGGGAAACUCCAGACAGCCCAUGUCAUGAUAAGCACAAUCCACACAAUAACUCACAAUGAUGUCCCAUAAAACCUCUGUUUCAACAUCCAAUCAGACAAUCUUCAUCUUCUUAGCCAGAAAUGAUAGUUGUGCUACCAUAAAGAUGUACCCAGAACACCAUUCAGAACAGGUGCCAGUGGUUACUGUGCAGUUACGGAGAAUCUCACAGAAUGUGUAUGUUUCUCAAAAAUAAGUCUAUUGAAAUGACUCCAAACUGCAGGUUUUCUCAUCUGGAUUCAUGUUUUUAUGUGUAGACUGACUUGACUCUGGAUGAAGUCAUGCCAGCUUCUAGCUCCUUCACACCCUUUACUGCCUGAGAUUCAGAGGUCAAAAGCCAGGCUAAAACGUGACUGCUACUUUAACAGGUAGCACAGCAUGAGAUCUAUGUAAAUAAGAUAUCGAAGAUCCCAACUCCUAAUUAACCUCACUUAACAGCUCAGAACAAGUCUUGCGUGCAGCUUCUUUUAGUGCUCAUAUGCAUCAUCCCACUACCUGAUUCAGAUUCACUCAAAUGUUAAAGUUGUGUGUUUGUUUCAUUAAGACUGCCAGUCAGUCUGGAUACAGACCUCUGUGUCAGUUAUGACUACUUGGAAACACACAAUAAAGCCGAGAUGUCAGCCUGCAUGUCAUUUACUGCUGUUCAUUAGAAAUGCCCUUGUUCUGAUCUUGUGUUGCUCUGAAUAGGAAUGACUUUUCAGCUUGAAAUGUUGUAGCCCAGAAAAAUGUGAAUCUUAAAUGGACCAUGAAAAUGUCAUAGAUUGUUUAGUGCCUGCAUGUCACCUAAAUGUGCUAAUAUUCUUUCUGUUUUUUCUUUUUUUUGUGGCUCUAAUGAGAGCAGCCAACAUUCUGAACAAAUUCACUUAACUCUUGAACAAAAGUUUCAUAUGUUGCCACGGUUAUAACUGAAAAGGCAUUUACUUUUUAGUUUCACCUCACACUUGGUGAUGAUUCUGUAUUUAAAGGUCUAAUGUGUAGGAUUUAUUGACAUCUAGUGGUGAGGUUGCAGAUUGCAGCUAAUACAAACCUCUUGUAUGUCAAGCAUGUCAGAGAACUAAGGUGGCCGACACGAAAACAUGAAUGGUCCUAUCUAUAGCCAGUGUAGUUUGUCUGUUCUGGGCUACUGUUGAACAACAUGGCAGACUUCUUGAUGGAGGACCAGCUCAGUAGGUAGAUAUAAAUGGCUUAUUCAGAGGCAACAAAAACAACAAUUCAUGUUUUCUGGUGAUUAAAAGCUAAUAAAAACAUAGUUAUGAAUAUUAUAUACUGUAUAUUUCUGCCAAUACAUGCCCCUAAAUCCUACACACUGGACCUUAAACACCUUUUACAGACAGAUAGUGAAACUGAGGACAACACACAUACAUAAAAAAAGCACAAAAAUUAUAGGAAUGCUCUCCAAAUCCAAAAAUGCAGUGAACACAAAAACGUUCAAAGAAGUGAAAACACACUUUAUGGACUUGUGCUUGUAUUUUAAGCAGCAAACUUCUACAGUCAUCCUUGUUUUGUUAUCACAGGAGUUAUCUUAUAAUCAGUCCGUCCAAAUGUUGCUUACUUACUUAAAGUCUCUGCAUUACAUUAGCUAAAGCCAUGAUUUUUACAUAAUCUUUUAAGAUAUUAAUACACUAAUUAACAUUUGGGCACUAUUACAAGCUUUGGUAGGAGACAAUGGAAUGGUCAAUUUGUUGAUGCAAACGCUAGAUUUGUUUAUACCUGGUAUUAACUCUUUGAAACCGGGCACCUGGCAAACCUGACUUUACCUUUUUUGUCUUGCUUUCAGGCACAUUUGCUUUCAGGCAUAUUUGAACCUUUGAAUCCUGACCAAAUUGGUAGGAUUUCUUUCUAAAACAUGAGGAAAAAAAGUCAAUGAGCA